AUGUGUUUUGAACGGAAAUCAGAGCCUCCUUCAUCGGCAAACGCCUUACGACAGCCAGAGCUCGACAGCGAAAACACUCAAGGAACGGAUGAGUUCCCUAAAAUCUGGAAAAGAGCCGUGGAAGCCUUUCAUGACGCAACGGGCCUGAAUCUUGAGGAACACGUUUCGUCCCCCGCAACAAACGAAACCAUCAAAGCUCGAGUCGACGCCACAAACGAACAAGACAAGCAAAACCUCAAGGAUGCGGUUGGCAAAAACAUCGUCAAUGCUUUCUCCCAGGUUUCCGAGAUUGCCGCUGACGUGGCAAGCAAUGUCUACCCUCCGGCCAAGGUGUGCUUCAACGCUGCCAAGCUUCUGUAUGAGUUUGUUCAGAACUACAGCAGUUCUCUCGACAUCUGGCCACUUCGUAAACUGCUGGAUGACAUCGGCAACGACAUCUUGAUUCUGUUCCAAGAGAUUUCACAGAAGCGCCGUGAAAGAGGUGAAGGACCGUCAUCCAUGGUAAGGAUCUUCGGUUCCAUGGAAGACAAAUUGAAGACGUUGAUGGCCUACUUCAUUGAGAUCUGUGCUGAAUGCGCGAAGCUGGCCAAAAAGCCGAAAGGCCUGAGGGCGAAGUGCAAGAGAUUUCUGAAAGGUGCAAUGAACGCCAUUGCGCAGGACGAAGCAGUUCAGGGGAAGAAAAAAGACAUCAAACAGCUGCGGGAGCAAAUCAGAGGCCUGAUAGCAAACGGAGAGCUUUUCAUGCAGAUGGAUACGAACGAAAAGGUCCGCGAGUUGACUGAAGACAAUGCCAAAAAGCAGAAAAAGGAGUUACGAGACUCGAGCAUUAACAGAAUAAGGACCAAGCUACCUUACGAAGGACCAGACGUUGGGUACUGGAGACAAGUGCAGAUCAAUCUUGAACAGAGCGUUGGAGAUUCGACUUUCGGAACCUGGAUCCAAAAGAAUCAGUCAUUCUCCCGAUGGGCAAGUGCCAGCCAAGACGGAAGCCAGGCUACGUUUGCUCUGAAGUCACGCAAUCGCACCGGGGCGAGCUAUCUGUCACGGCGGGCUAUUGAGGAAUUGGUUCGCCUUAAAAAAAAGGUAGCUUGGGUCUACUGCGAGAGUCCCGAGGGCGUCCCGCAUGUUCCCGGUAUGAAAAAGGGCUCGAUUUCCAUCCACGACGCUCUGACGGCUCUUGUGUGGCAACUCGUUCAAGAGGAUACCGCAUAUCGGGAGUUUGUUUCACAGAAUUGUGAACAAGUUGCAGGGGUCUUCGACACCAGACAGCUCUGGAACAGGUUGUUCAUGGGAUAUCUCCGGUCCAAGGACCAGAGCAAAACGGACGGUGUCACCAAGAGCGGUAAGCCCACAAAGCAGCGCAGGAAAACCUUCUUCCUCGUGAUCGAUGGGCUUGAUCUGGCGGACGGUAACGCUGGCAACCAAGGGUGCAAGAGCAUGCUCAACUUGAUGAUCCGAGACAUCUCAAAGCUUCGCGGAGCCGAGAACCACAUCCGGUUGCUCAUCACCGGAUCACCGAGCUUCUUCGAAGAGCUGGGGAUGAAGGAUCACCUCUUCAUGCUCGAUCUCUGCAACGACGGAGACAAAAGCAUUCGGGAAUCAUUGGCUGAAGAUCACGCCACGUUCAUUCGUUUCAAAUUGGAUAAAGUGUUCAGCAAGAAGCCCCCAAACACCGAGCUGCUGAAGCAGAAGUUCGAAAACAAACUGGUCCAAGAAAAUUCCUACAGCUACUCGGACUUGCAGCUCAUCUUUGACAACAUCUCGAAGUAUCCGAAUGAGGAGCUCAAGACCCUUCUCAACCCCGGCCAGUUGCUACCGCCACGGCUAUCCAUAGGAGAGCAGUUGAGAGAUCAGAAACUUUCCGAAGAAGAUACGAAGAACUUCAACGAGAUGCUGCCAUGGCUGGUCUUGAGGAGGGAUGAUGCAUGGCCCACACUGGAAGAGCUUGAGGUUGUCUUAUGGCUCAAACAUGGCCAUGUUCCCAAGCAGCUUGCCAAGCGCAUAGAGACGACCUAUCCCGAGUUCCUGAGCAUCGAAGGCAACCGUGUCGAAGCCCCAUCCGUCAAGGAGUACUACUCAGCUCACACGCAGGAGUCGCCUGGGUCCUGGAGCGAUGGGGAUGAGACGCCUGACCCGAAAGAAAUCGAAGUGAUGCAGAACUUCCUAAAGUCAUUCUCGGGCGGACAGAUGUACGAAAGGUUUGGGUUUGAGAAGCUGUUCAAGGAUCACUACACCAAACGCGCGGUCGGCAUCCAUUACACGCAUGUGGACGGCCACAUGCGUAUCAUUCUUUCUUUGCUCAGAUCGUUCUGCCCUGAGAACAGAGAACACGCGGCAAUACUGCAUGAUUAUGCGGUUGAGAACUUGGCGUGGCAUCUCGGCCAGGUCAAAGACGCGCACCUUUCUCGUGCACCGCGAUCGAUGAAACUGGCCAUCGGCCGAUGGCUUCACGCGUUUUUCCUGCACGAAGGAUUCGUUCGCGUCUGGCUGACGCCGCAUAGGCUGGCAACUGUGCUCAGCAAGCAAUGGUGGAAAGCGCUCGACGAGGUGCUCCGAUGGUUUCAGGACCCAACUGUGGGAGAGGGAGCUCGAGCACUCUUGGGGCAGUUCGAAGGAAUGAUCGUGCUGGAGAGGAAAGAUCUGUUACUGCAGGCGUCCAAGGUUUUGGCGUCGGAAUGGCUGGAGAAGACCGAGUGGGACGCGUUGCAAGCGCUUGGAUGGAUCCUCCAACUGCCGAAAGAGCUCUCGGGCGGAUUCUUUUUGGGAUCGGCAGAGGAAGCUUCGCAGCCGAGCCACGGCAGUGAAAAUCGCUUGCCACUCGACACCAUCAUCGAAGCGGAGAAGUGGGCGAUGGCGCAAAUUGGGAGACCGAACCUCGAGCUAUCAUCGAUUCGGGUUGUUGAGACCAUGGCUGCUCUGAAUUACUGGGAAGUGGUCAGGGACAGAUGUGAAAAAACUUUUGGAGAAAAUGAGAGAAACUGGAAGGCGUUGUGGUACCUGGCACGGGCACAGGCGAACAUACAACCCCAAGAUGACGACCAUGCUUGUCCACGGCCAGGAGCGCUUGAAAAUUUCGAAAGGCUUAUCAGAAGGUUCCUUGACAGCCCGGACCUCCGGAGGACGGAAGCGGCAGCUUGGAAGAAAAUGUGGAACAGCUACCGGGGUUUAUCAGAGGACUUGGGAGAAGUUGAAAAGGCGAUGGAGUUUUGGCGGGAAAUAUUCUUGGACCAGUAUCUGGACGACUAUCAGCUCAUCUCGGACAUUUUCGACCGAAUGUGCAGCAGGGGGCGUUGGCCGGACGUGGAAGACUUUCUGUGCAAGUUGGCACACGUCUCGGACUCCAACAACGGUACUCUCUUGGCGGGGCUUUUGCGAGCCCGUGGCGAUUCCAACUCGGAAGAGUUCCACCAGAACGUGUGGCUGUCGUUGCGCAAGCACUCCCGCGACGUUCUGUACGGAGGGUACCGCGACGCAAGAGCAGCAGCAAAGUCUGAACCGGCCAGGCUUGCACAUCUCAGAUACUACCACGCUCUUGCGCUCUUCUACGAUGAUGCACCAGAGGGUUCAGCUCCAAAGGACCGAGAUGGAGACUUGCACAGGAUCGAGAGAGCAAUCCGUAUCUGGCGGAAAAACUUUGACGAACGGAACGAGAUUGACAAAAGCCUUCAAAUCGAUGUGGUCACGUUGAUCUGGGGCAAAACGAUGGGACGGGUUGGACUGGCAUACGUGGAGCUUCUCAAACGCAAGCCGGCAGAUGCUGACCGACACUUGAAGGACAUGAAGCAGCUCAUGGAACGGUCCGACGAGAUGCUCAGGCCGGAAGACGCUGGUUUCGCCGUCCUCUUUGCGCGGGCAUACCGCGUUGCAGGCAAGCAUGGCGAGGCAAAAGCUUCGGUCAAGAGGCAGUUCGAGAGGGCUUUCCAACUCCUGGAGGACGAAACGCCAUACAACGACUGCAGAGGGUACGCAAUACUGGCGCAGACAAUGGCACCGCUGACGAAAGACGACAAAGACGUCUUGAUUGCAUGGCACCUUGCAAUGAAAUCGUCUUCUGCCAACAGCGGCCCGAGGCUUGAACAGAACGAAAGACGGGUGGAAGCAAACGACGAUGACACAGACACCGAGGCCGAAGACGCGGAUGCGGCUGACACGGAAAGAGAAGACAAAGCUGCACAAGACGCGAGCUUGCAGGCUGUCGGAAUCUGUAGAGAGUGUGAUGGCCGGUGUGGAAAGACUUGGACCGGCCGGUUCGACGGUGACAUGUGGGUAUGCAGGGAAUGUGCAGACAGGUGUUUUGACCAGGGCUGCAUGGAAAAGCUCAGGGAUGGCCAGCUCGUGCGGCGCGUGUGCGACCCCGGCCAUGUCAAAGGGUUUGUCCAUGUGAAGAAGUGGAGCGACCAGGUCGAGGCAGACGAGGCGAAGGUGGAUGAUGUGGGAGGUUGGUUGGAAGAGGUCAAAGCCAAGGCGGUACAUAAUGGUCGCCGCCGCCGCCGCCGCCUCUCGCAGUGGCCCUGCAACGCCGCAGCAGCCGAGGAGACCAUGGCCGAGCUGCUCCAGAGCCUGGCCGCCCACCCCUACGCGGCCUGUGCCGCGGCUGCCCUGCUGUACUGCCUGUGUGUCGCCGUCUACCGCCUGUACCUGUCGCCGCUGGCCAGCUUCCCCGGUCCCACCCUGGCCGCGCUGACCCUGUGGUACGAGUACUACUACGACGGCAUCAAGGGCGGCCAGUACACCUUUAAGCUGAAGGAGCUGCACCGCCAAUAUGGCCCCAUCAUCCGCAUCUCCCCCCACGAGCUGCACGUCUCCGACCCCGCCUUCAUCGACACCCUCUACGCCUCGGGCCCCAAGGCCAAGCGCGACAAGCACGCCUUCUACACCCGCCAGUUCGGCCUCGCCCAAGCCGGCUUCGGCUCCGUCGCCCACGACCUGCACCGCCUGCGCCGCGCCCCCUUCAACCGCUUCUUCUCGCGCCAGUCGGUCCACCGCCUCGAGCCGCAGAUCCGCGCCGUCGUCGACAAGCUGUGCGCCCAGCUCGAGCGCAACUUCGCCCAGACCGCCUGCCCCGUGAACCUGCCCGACGCCUUUGGCUGCAUGGCCACCGACGUCGUCUCGCGCUACGCCUUCGGCUACAGCUACGACUUCCUCGCCAGCGACGACUUCCUGCCCAACCUCACCAAGGGCAUCGACGCCGGCAUGGCCCUCGGCGCCACCGUCAAGCAGUGGCCCUGGCUGCUGGCCUUCCUGCACGCCCUGCCCGAGCACUGGACCCGGAAGCUGAUGCCCGACAUGGCCCCCUAUCUGGACUUCCAGCGCAGCAUGAUGAAGGCCAUCGACCAGGUGCACAGGGAGGAAGACGCAAAGACGAAGACGAACCCAAACCCAGCAGAGCAAGGCACCACCAUCUUCCACGAGAUCCUCCGCGGCGACCUGCCCGCCGCCGAGAAGCAAACCUCGCGCCUCUGGCAAGAAGGCCAAGCCGUCAUCGGCGCCGGCACCGAAACCGUCAGCUGGGCCCUCUGCGUCACCGUCUUCCACCUCCUCAACCAGCCCACCACCGCCUCCUUGCGCCCGCUGCUCGCCGAGCUCGCCCGCGCCAUGCCCGACCCGGCCGCGCCCGCGCCCGCCUGGCACGUCCUCGAGCAGCUGCCGUACCUCUCCGCCUGCAUCGCAGAGGGGCUGCGCUUGUCGUACGGGUUGGCGACGCGGCUGGCGCGCGUGUCGCCCGAUGAGCCGAUGCGGUUCGUUGCGAGUGGUGCUGCUGGUGGUGGGAAGGAGGUUUUGAUUCCGGCGGGUGUGCCGGUCGGCAUGUCGGCGGUGUUGGUGCAUCACGAUGAGAGCGUUUUUCCGGAGAGUGAGGAGUUUAGGCCGGAGAGGUGGCUGGAUGAGGGGGGGACGAGGAGGAGGAGGGACCUGGAUGGGUAUUUGUUGAGCUUUUCGAAGGGGAGCAGGCAGUGUUUGGGGAUGAAUCUUGCGUAUGCUGAGAUGCAUAUUGCCCUCGCAACGGUGCUUCGGCGCUUUGGUGAUCGGAUGGAAUUGUUUGACACCACCAUCGAUGACGUCCGGGUGCAGCGCGAUUUGUUUAUUCCCAAGCCGAGGGUGGGUUCUAAGGGUGUUCGCGUCCUCAUUAGGAGCAAGGCAUAG